AUGGAAACCGAGCGGCCGCCGGAAGUGAGCCCCGGGGCCUCGGGUCCGGGGCCCAGGGCCUCGGGUCCGGGGCGGUUCAGUUCCUGCGGCUGUUUCUUCACCGACAACAUCUUCCUGUCGCGGUACAAACUGCACCUGCGCUGCCCGGAGCCCGGCCGCCUGGAGCGGGACUGGGGGCCGUUGCUCAGAAGUAAAGGCUGUGUGACCGAGGAAGACUUCCGAAAUGCUCAAGCUCAGGUUGUGGAGGAGAUCCAGCGGAGGAAACAGUUGGGGAGGCAGAGUUUGGAACGAAUCGCCAUCAUAUCAAAGGAGUACAAACCACUGCGUCCUGAGGUCUACAUCCUGCAGGAGACCUUCCUUGCCCCAGAGUUCCUGGAUGUUGUGGCUUACAGCAAAUCUUCAGCUGCUAACGUGGAUGGGCUGCUCUCUCGUGUCCAAACACUUCCAGCUUCGGGAGUCUAUUCUUUCCCAGUCUUCACGGACGAAUUCUGCGGCCGCCUGAUCGAGGAGCUGGAGCACUUUGAGAGCUCGGACAUGCCGAAGGGACGGCCCAACACCAUGAACAACUACGGGGUGCUCCUGAACGAGCUGGGGUUUGAUGAGUCUCUGGUGACGCCGCUCCGGGAGGUUUACCUGCAGCCCAUCGCGCGCCUCCUGUACCCUGACUCGGGCGGAGGCAGCCUGGACACUCACAAGGCAUUUGUGGUGAAAUAUUCCUUAAACCAGGACCUCGAGCUGAGUUUCCACUAUGAUAACGCCGAAGUCACGUUGAACGUGUGUCUGGGGAAGGACUUCAGCGGCGGAAACCUGUACUUUGGAGACAUGAGACAGGUACCGCUGAGCGAGUCCGAGUGCACAGAGAUCGAGCACAGAGUGGGACGGGGGCUGCUGCACCGCGGUCAGCACUGUCACGGGGCUCUGCCCAUCACCCACGGCGAGCGCUGCAACCUCAUUGUGUGGAUGCGAUCGUCCCAGGUUCGCAACCAGCUGUGUCCCAUGUGCAACAAGAAGCCGCAGCUGGUGGAAGCCGUGGGAUUCGGGGACGGAUUUACCUGCGACAGCGCUCCGGAUGUGCACACGGUGGACGUGUGUUCCCUUAAUUAGCGACAUUGCUUCCACCGCAAAGACCCCGCCGUUCAUGGAAUCCGCUGACACCAACCACAGCGCGUCACGGCAAUAAAUGUCAUCGUACUCGGUGACACACAUCGACUCGAUUCUGGUUUAAAUGGAGGGCUGACCGAUCGCUGAGCUUUUAAGCGACAUUACCUUUUCUUAAGGGAAUUUCCUGCAAUUUCCUUGCAAUUUUUCGGGCCCAGACAGAGGUGCGUAACGACCUAAAUCUACAACCGAGCGGGAGAUCGUUCAACCUCACGUCCCAUCCGUCCAAUAUUCUGACCUUCUAAAUCUUAUCUCUGUAAUUUCUGAUUUCGGAUGCUGAAAUAAAAGUACCCGCUAGUGCCUCUU